AUGAAAACGAAACAAGCCCAUUGUUCCUCAAAAGCAUUACAAAGCCCAAAGGCCCGUAAUUGUGGAGUAAUAGAUGGUAAACUACGAAGUUUUAAUGAUUCGUGGAAAACAAACGAUUGCCAACAAUGCUCAUGUCAAAGAAGUGGAAUUAGUUGUUGCUCGUCGCUUGUAACACCCGUUGGAUAUGAUAAAAGUUGUCAAGCAGUUUUAAAUAAGCGUCUAUGCCAAUACGAUGUAGUGAAAAAAACCAAUCCAAGUAUUAAAUGUCGAGUUACUUCUGCAGUAGGAAGAUAA